AUGGCUACGUUAAUACGGAGCGUUUGGGACGGAUACCAUGACCUCAUGGACAACAAGAGCGACCAGCGGGUCAACGGCUGGCCCAUGAUGUCUUCGCCAUUCCCUACGCUUUUUAUAUGCCUGAGCUACGCCUACUUCGUCAAGGUUAUUGGACCAAAACUAAUGGAAAAUCGCAAACCAUUCCAACUUAAAUAUACACUUAUAGUAUACAAUUUAUUUCAAGUGAUAUUUAGUUGCUGGCUAUUUUACGAGGUCAUGUUAACUAGAGAUCAGUUUUUAUCUGCCUACUAA